CCUGGAGUCUCCGGUCAGUCUAGCCGAGCGUCGAGUCCAAGAACCAAAGCAGCAACGGGGAGAUCGCCGAGAUUCCUCAGAUGAGCACGCGGCGUCCAGCCGCCGCCUCCAGGAACCGCGGAGACCCGUCCUCAUCUGGCCCUAAUCCGGACGCGCGCCGGGUCGCCGCCGCCGCAGCAGCAGCGCGGCGCAGUGGCCGUGGCGACCAUGGCCCCCUGCGCGUCAUGGCCGUGAGUGCCCGAACCCUCCUUCUCCUAGGAAUUGCUUCCGUUUCCCUCCUGUCCGUAGCCUUCGUGGCGUACAACGGCGGGUGGUGGCAGGCGGAAUCGGAGUCGGAGGGCUCCGCGGCGCUGCGCAGGAUGGCGCGCUCCGUCACGCCGCUCGACGCGCCCCGGAUGAUGGAUCUGCCUCAGUUCCAAGGUGAUCACAAGGAAAGCCUGUAUUGGGGUACUUACAGGCCAAAUGUAUACCUUGGAGUUCGUGCUAGAACUCCGCUGUCUAUAAUUGCUGGGUUGAUGUGGGUUGGUGUGAAAAAUGGACAAUAUUUUCUUCGUCACGUUUGCCAAGAUUCUGAUGAGCUUAGCAAAUAUGGCUGGGAAGAUCAUAAUGGUAGGGAUUAUGGACGUCAAGAGUUGACUGAUCAUGGCCUACAGCUGACGACUAGUUUUCUAAAAGACAAAGGAGAGGGUAGUGGCUAUGGUGGAGACUGGGCAGUUCGAUUGGAUGCUAAGAACGAGGGGUCAAGUUCAAGUGAAGCCCAAGAAAGCACCACACAUUUGUUCUUCUAUAUUGCCGACGAAGAAGGAAAGUCGAUCACUAUGGGCUCAAACGAACCUGCUUCAAGUGGUCCUGUUCUUUUGGCGUCUGGGUCGCAUGAAGAUAUUGGUGACUGGGAACUCCACUUGAGAUCUGAGGACAAUUUGGAGAUUCACAGAGCUGGAUUCCAGUCGAUUAAUAUGCAUAAUCUAAGUGAUCUAGUUCAACACGCCGUUGCAACUAAUGCAAUGCAAACUGGGAACCUUAACCUGCCAGACUUGACUGAAGACUCUUCAAAUAUAAUGAUCUAUCAGGUUUCCAUAAAACUUCCUGCCAAAAUAGACAUAGUGUUCCUGUCAGGGGCUAGCUCAAAACGUCCAAUGAUUGCCGAACGUGUUAAUAGGCUAACAGGUCCCAUGCUGAGCACUUGCCUUGAGUCGAAGCGGAAGGAUUUUGAAGAGAGAUACGAUCAAAUUUUCAAUGUCAAUAAGAAGAUCGUUUCCAAAGAACUAUCUGUUGGUAGAGUUGCCUUAUCAAGUCUUCUUGGUGGUAUUGGCUACUUCUACGGGCAGUCAAAAAUUGCACUCCCCAAAACUUUUUCACAAAAAAAUGGGGAUAAAUAUAUUCCAUAUUGGCCUGCUGCGUUAUAUACAGCUGUGCCAAGUCGCUCAUUCUUCCCUAGGGGAUUCCUGUGGGACGAGGGCUUCCAUCAGUUAGUCAUUUGGCGUUGGGAUGCUCAUAUAUCCAUGGAUAUAAUUGGUCAUUGGUUAGAUCUAAUUAAUGCAGAUGGAUGGAUUCCUCGAGAGCAAAUUUUGGGAGCUGAAGCUUUAAGCAAAGUUCCCGAGGAAUUUGUUCUGCAGUACCCUUCCAAUGGAAAUCCUCCGACCUUAUUUCUUGCGCUACGUGACUUGGCAAGUGGCAUACAUGCACACCAGUUUUCAGGUGAGGAAGCUGAAAAGAUAUCCACUUUCCUUGAAAGGGCUUAUGUACGGCUGAAUUCUUGGUUUCAGUGGUUCAACAGUACACAAUCAGGGAAAUAUGAAGGGACUUUUUUUUGGCAUGGAAGAGACAAUAUGGCAACAAGGGAGUUAAACCCGAAGACUUUGACAUCUGGGUUAGAUGACUAUCCUCGUGCAUCUCACCCUAAUGACGAGGAACGGCAUGUUGACCUUCGGUCUUGGAUGCUUCUAGCUUCAAACUGUAUGCGCUCAAUUGCCGAGUUCCUUAAAAUGGACACCUCUCUUGAGAAGGAUUACUAUAAUAUGUCAAAUCAACUUUCAGAUUUUGGGACACUUAACAAGAUGCACUUGGAUAACAAAACUGGUGCCUAUUUUGAUUAUGGUAACCAUACAGAAAAGGUUCGAUUGAGAUGGCAUGAAUUGAAAGACAAGGAUGGCAUGAGACGGGAACUUUUGAGAGAGACAUUACAACCCCCUCAGCUGCAAUUAGUACCCCAUGUUGGUUAUGUCAGUCUUUUCCCAUUCAUGAUGGGAGCCAUUCCACCUGAAUCAUGGGUUCUUGAGAAGCAGCUGGACCUUAUAUCUGAUAGGUCUAUCUUAUGGACGGAUUAUGGCCUCCGGUCACUUUCUAGAACAAGUUCAAUGUACAUGAAACGUAACACGGAGCAUGAUGCCCCGUAUUGGAGAGGUGCCAUUUGGAUAAACAUGAACUACAUGAUUCUUUCAGCACUACAUCACUACUCACACGAGGACGGUCCCUACAUGGGCAGGGCAGGGGAGCUAUAUGAUGAGCUAAGAUCAAACCUUAUCCGGAACAUCGUGCGGAACUACCAAGAAACAGGUUUCUUCUGGGAAAACUACGACCAGACAAACAAAGGCAAGGGAAAGGGCGCGAGAUCGUUUACCGGGUGGACUUCACUUGUUGUCCUGAUCAUGUCGGAGUCCUACCCAACGUUGCAUAGGUAGACCGUAGACAGAUGGGGUAUAUCCAAGCAGGCCACAUAGAAGGUGGCAGUCCCAGUUCGGGUGGAAUUUGCCGUCCAUUGCUCAGCCUUUUUUUUUUUUUUUGAAAAGGAGUUGUAUAUUACUUAAUCAGGUAAACUUUUCUUACAAUCUUGCACAACCAGCUCAGACAUACAAGUCGGGACCUGAUCGAGCAUAACAGCACCACACAAUUCACUACGCCCCAAUUGAGCAAGAUUAUGGGCAACCUCCCAUUAACCUU